AUGCCUGCCUUCCUGGCGGCAUUCCUGGCGCUGUCCGCCAAAGCGGAUCUGUCCUUUGCCCCAGUGGCCGUGACCAGUCACUGCGCGAAGGGCCAAUGGUGUGCCCUGCCCGACAACUUCCUGUCUGCCCGGGAGGCCUUCGAGUUCGCGCUGCUCCGGGUCAACGAGAUGCGCCGCAAGUGCGACGGCUUCACCUUGGCUCCGGUGCGACGCCAGGACUACACUGUGGCAGGCACUGUGCGCAAAGACUUGGAAGGAUACUCCGUGUACAAGAUGCUUCUGAAGCCGACCAACAAGUUUGUGCCGAGCUCGGUAGAGAUUGAGGUGGCGCAUUUGCAUCGCAUCACGGACCUCUCCAUCUUCCAGGUCACCCGGGUGCACCCACAGGCCUGCAACCUCUUCAGCGCUGCAGAUGAUGCCGAGCUGCUUGUUCCAAGUCACUGGAAGGAGGCCAAGGAGGCCGCGGAAACCGCCCGGAUCUUGCUGAACGAGCAGCGCCGCACGCUCUGCCCCGAGCGGCCGGCGCUGCAGCUCAUGCGUAUCCUGGCGGCCGCGCGCCAGCCCGCUGAGGGCAAGGUCUUCAGAUUGCAGCUGGAGAUGCGCGAGGAGCUGGAAGCCUUCGGGGAGAAGAGCGGCAGCUUCACGGAGCAGGUGGUGGUGUCCUACGCCCUGGACCCCGCCGUGCCGGAGGAGAUGGCGCUGUCCACUGAGGUCUAUGCAGGCAGAUAUCCCUGCAAGAUGAAGCACGAAGAGACGGAGCAGACCGCCCUGGACUUCUUCAACGCCACUGGCAGCAGCCGGCGUCUUGGCCAUGGCAGGCGCCUGGCCUGGGACCCCCUGAGCGCCUCGGAGGCCGCGGCGGCGGCGGAGAGCGGGCACCAGCUGGAGCGGCCCUUCGUGGAGAAAGGCCUCGACCUUCCCGACGACUUCGACCCCCGGGUGGAGAAAACACUUUGCUUCCCCCGAGGGCUCUCGCGGCAUCAAGGCAGCUGCGGCUCCAGCUGGGCCUUCGCCGCCACGGCGGCGGCCUCCUUCCGGGAGUGCCUGGCACAGCUGCACACAGGCGAAGGCCCGGCGUCCUUGAGCUUCCUGUCGGCGCAGGAGCUGGUGAGUUGCUCUUCUCACCACGGGUGCUCCGGCGGCAGUGCGGCGGAGGCCUUCUACUACAUGAAGCAGCAGGGCGUGGCGCGGGAGAACUGCUCGCCCUACCGCAUGCGCUGCUUCCAUGACCAGUCCACCAUCUCCAUGGAGGCCGCAGACUUCGAGACCAGGAGCCGAGGAGACAACUCCGUUUGCAAGAGCCAUCCGGAUCCGGACUCGGCGCCCUGCAAGUGCCUCCCCAGCGUCUUCCACCUCUCCGGCGCGGUCGCCUGCGACCUGCUGCCCGCAGCCUGCCCCAAGACGAAGAUCCCGGGGUACUUCAAGAUGGUGGGCACUAUGGAAGGGAACUCGGUGCCGGAGUUGGAGCGGCACUUCAUGCAGGAGCUCAUCACCGAUGGCCCCCUCUACGUGUCGUUGCUGCUCUUCGAGGACUUCUUCGACAGCUCAUCCUGGACGGAAAGUGGCAUCUACAGCCACGAGAAAGGGGAGGCCUUCGGAAGGCAUGGAGCAGCCCUGGUGGGCUGGGGCACGGAUGAGGAGAGUCGGGACUACUGGCUCUUGCUGAAUUCAUUCGGCAUGGAAUGGCAGCAGGGCGGCUACUUUAAGGUUUUGCGCGGGGACACGGAGCUGCAAUUGCUGCACUAUGGAGCUUGGGGCGCCGACUUCCAGCCCCCUGAGAAUGAGAAGCGAUCCCCAGCCAUCUUUGCUGUGGAGGUGUCCUUCUCCCCCGUGCCGCUGCGGCACGGCGCGGCCAGCGAGCCCCUGGCGGAGCUGCAGCAUGUUUGGCUCCGGAUUACAUUCGCCACGGAUGAGCCGGCGAAAACCUUGGUCCGUGUGCUGGGCCUUGCCACCGGCGUUACUGCGGAGGUGUCUGCGGGAAAAGGCUCGGGUGCGAAUCUGGAGGGAGAGCGUCACACCUGCGAGAUCGACCUCAUGAAGCACGACCUCCUGGGUGACCGCCUGGAGUUGCGGAUCUGGGCCUCGGAGGACGAGAAGACGGGAGGCUGGGGCCCGGUCGCCUUCGAUGUGCCCGUGAUGGAGGUCUUUCGCAAGUCCUUGUCAGGUGAGAUCCUCAUGAAGGUGACUAGUCCCACAUCUCGGGUGGCUGGACCUGCACCUCAUCAGCCCAGGAAGGUCUUUGACUGGAGCUCAUUCCGGGAUGUGGCCCCGAAGGAGCAGCGCCCAUUCGCACCGGUGCCGGUGAUCCUUAGGCGUGAAGACCAGAAGCUGACCGAAGGAUCUCCGAGUCCGACCUCGCGCCCUAAGGUGGACCUGCUUUCGAGAGUGAUGCAAGACACCUCACGACAGUACUCUGUGCGGCCCGCACCUCCCUUGUCCAGUUCUAUUGAGGUUGACACGUCUAUACCAGGCAGUCUGUCAAGCAGGAAGGAGUCAGCAGGUGCGUGGCCAGACGUGGCGGCGCAGGUGGCGGCAGUUGCAGCCCAGGUGGCGCGGCUGCCGAUUCAGGGGCGGUCCAUGGGCUACGAUGAGAAGAUCUCUGACUCAGAGGCUCGGGGAAUGUGGACUCCUUCCGCCAGCGUCAAGGCGGCGUGUACGUCGCCCAGCAGCCGCGACUUCCACGUUGGCGAGGAGCCGGGCCGGAAGAUCAAGGAGGAGGUGCCGCGCGCAGCGUGGACUCCUUCUAACGUCAAGGCGGCGUGUACCUCGCCGACCAGCCGAAGCGAGUUUGCCGGCUUGAUGAUCGAGACAGAGCUGGAGGAGCCGACCCGCAAGAAGGAAGCACCACGGGCCGUGUCAUCAAAGCGGUCACCCCGAGCAUCGAGCAGACCCCCAGAGGACGAGGCUGACAGGAAGUCUGCCAGGUCACGCCCUCCCACCUUGGCUCAAGGUGGGUCGCUGGAGAGCACGAAGAGCGACGCGCGUCGGGAUCUGGCACAGAGACCAGGAUCUGGCGCGUGUGAAAGCCCAAAGCGGCACAAGUUGGGAGCAGAGUCUCCAGAAGCUCAAGGCUGCUUCCCCCGAGGGGAAACCGAGCCUGCCUCUCCAGGACCCCGGAUCUCGCGGCUGCUGCGGCACACCCAAGCCUCAGCGGCCCAGGCGAGCUUCGAGCCACACUCGCCAGGCCGCCGAGCUGGCAGCACGGGCCGUUUGAACCAGACCGUCCUCCCCCGGGAUGCGGCGAUGUCUCCAGGACCUCAGUCUCGCCGCGCAGCAUCUAGAUCUCGGCAGCCCGAGCUACCCGAGCGCUCCGCGAGUUCUUCCGCGGCACCAGGCAAGGCCAUCAUCAAGCGCCCUCGAAGCCCGGCGCGUGAUCGCAGCGCGGCGCGGGGCCGCGUGCAUUCCCCGUCACUCCAGGAGCGAACCUCGACAGCGAUGCAGGCGCUGGAGCACGGCAUGGAGCCUCCGGGCGCCUCCGACAAGUGGCGGGUGGCACAGCUCUUCUACGAGGCGCUGCCGCGGAGCUUCGUGAAGCUGCAGCGCAUCGAGCGGAUCUUGAGCCCCAGCAAGUUCGUGGCUUUUCUACAAAACGUGGGCGUGAAGGAUGCGUCGGGCUGCGGCGUGGCCUAUUUCGCCCCAGCGGACACAGAUCAACUGAACCGCAUUUGCGGCCAGGGCCCUUGCUACGCGCUGGAUGCUGAGCACGAGGGCUUCCGGCUGGCCUCGGACGCCGGCACCUGCGUGAAGCAUCUGCUCUCGGAGUCGCCGAGCCCCCAGACCACGCGGUUCCUCUGCGUCUUCUUCUGCGGCCCGGAGGUGGCACUUCCACUGGAAAGCGGCACGGAUCGCCCGACGGAGAGCCGCGAAUUCCACGUGAGCUCCACAGAUCAGCUGCUGCCGGCCUUCAUUAUUCAUUAUCAAUUCACCGGCAUCCCUGUGGACAAGGCCUGGCAGGAGGCCGGCUUCGAGCGCCGCGGCAGCCCCUCCCCAGAGCCCCGGUCCCCGAGCCGGCGCAAGGCGUCCGUGCGGGAUCCGCUGAUUCAGGGCAUGCUUCAGCGCCUGCCGGUGAUGAGCGAGGGUACGGCAGGCACGGUGCUGCUGCCGAGCAAUUCCGCAGAGGCUGAGGCGGUGGUGAGUCUCUACCUACAGUGCGGAGGCGCGGCGCGCUUGAAGCGGCCCCCAGGCGUGGACCUCCGGGAGGCCCUGGGAGGCGUGGUGGUGCAGCGCUUCGAGAACAAGAGCCUUGGGGAGGACUACCUCGCCGUGGAGCUGGAAUCCAACUUCGGGCCCCGAUUCAAGGAGGACGUGGUCUGGCACGGCACAAGGCUCAAGAAGAGCGAUGGAGACUCCAGCCUGGCGCAUAAGCUGCAGUCCAUCGCUGAGCAAGGCUUCGACCCCCAGCGCUGCAUCAAGGGAGCCCAUGCCGCAGGCGGCAUUUGGGUGGCCUCCUCGCCCAUGGAAUCCUUCGGCGUGGGAGGCGAUGGCCUGGUGGCCUUCAUUAUUUGUCUAGCGAAGACGCACUACAACGAGUGGGUGGAUAGCUCUUGCGCGCGGGUGCUGCAGCGUGAAAGGGUUCUGCCACUCUAUUCUUUGGUUCACGUCUGA